UUUUCGACUCCCUCCGGGGCACCCUAGAGGAUUUAUAAGUGGCUUCUGGGUUUUCUCACGCACUCAUUCUCGCGUAGCCUCAAAGCUUUGAUUUCUCAAGAGUUCGACAGCCAAGGAUUGGAACGAUGGGUGCCCCAGAAAAGGAUCCUAGAGAGGAAGUCCUUCAAGCAUGGUACAUGGAUGACAGUGAUGCAGACCAGAGACUGCCCCAUCACAAGGAACCAAAGGAGUUUGUAUCCUUAGAUCAACUUGCUGAACUCGGAGUACUCAGUUGGCGACUGGAUGCUGAUAACUAUGAAGCUGAUGAGGAGUUAAAGAAGAUUCGUGAAGACCGUGGUUAUUCCUACUUGGACUUCUGUGAGGUCUGCCCAGAAAAGCUGCCUAAUUAUGAAGAGAAGAUCAAAAACUUUUUUGAGGAACAUCUUCACACUGAUGAGGAGAUCCGCUACUGUGUGGCAGGAAGUGGUUAUUUUGAUGUCAGGGACCGUAAUGACAAGUGGAUUCGUGUUUGGGUAAAGAAAGGGGGAAUGAUUGUUUUGCCCGCUGGAAUUUAUCACCGCUUUACUCUGGAUACAGACAACUAUAUCAAGGCAAUGCGGCUAUUUGUUGGUGAUCCAAUUUGGACUCCAUUUAAUCGUCCCCAUGAUCAUCUCCCUGCAAGGAAGGAGUAUCUUAAAGGUUUUGUGGAGAAUGAAGUUGGUGAUAGUGCUGUUGAUGCUGCCGCCUGAAAUCUUCAGCUGCUUCUAAAACUGAUCUCAAACAAAAAUGUCUUGGCUUAAAUAAAAACACCAAUGUUUGUAUGCUCUGGUAUGCACGUGUGGUUCCCUUACUUGCCUAUAUCUCUCACUAUUCUACUGUAGAUUGCUUACCCACUACAUAAACUUAUAUCUGUACCUGUUGUAUGCUGUAUAUGGAUGAAAAUUGAUAGAACCUUUUAUAUAUUCAAUAAGCAUAAGUUCCUGGUUG